CUGAGUGGUACUCCAUUGUAGCACAAGAAUAAACAUAAUAAUUCAACAAUUAAGAUCGUGCAUAUGUUUAUCCUUUUAAUAAAAAUCAAUUCAACUUUACAUUCGGUUCUUUAGACGGUUGACCAACAGUCAACUUAUUUUCUUUCUUUUCAAAACGAUUUAGCUUCAUGCAGUUGACAUGCUUCCUUGACAUCGUUCCAUAUCACUUCAUAGAUGUUUAUGAUUCUCUUCCCAGUGAGAAUGACUUCAUUUGUGGAGAUGUUCUUGAGAGAUGCCAUGUUCUUGCAGAAUUCCAAGGAGUAACCUUUAUCACAAAACUGACUUAUGCUAAGAAGGUUAUAGUUGAGUCCUUCAACAUAAGAUACUGCUUGGAUGGUUUGGCAGUAGGUUUAGGAGGGAUGAAAGUUGUCUUCCCUAAACCAACCCAACCCAACCUUCCGCGUCUCGGCUCUGGCGAAAAAAGGAGAUACGCGACCCAAUUCGGCGAUCUGCAAACUCCAGCCAAUAUGGCCGGCCAACGGCCACCGGACCCCCACCAUCUCCCUCCUGACAUUCAGCCGGUUCUAACAAGCCCCUACACGUCGGAAACUGCCACUGGAAACGCCUCCACUGGUGCAGCGACCGGCGACUUCAUCGAACCCAAUUUUAGCCCCUACAAGCGCUGGACCAGAGAACACCAGGCCUGCGAUCAUGGCGGGUCUGCAUGUCAGGUUACCCCUCUCUCUCAAUUACAAGGCUCCUUUGGAGUCGCGCAGCCUUCUCAUGAACUUCAAGAGGUUCAUUCGCAUAUGGUGAGCCAACUCCCAGCUUCUCUGGCGUCUAGUGCAUCAGGCCCUACUGAUGGUGUAUACACGGCAGCAGCCAUGGCCUCCCAACUGUCUCAAUCGUUUUCCCCAAUGGUGCAGCUCUCUAAAGAUGUUCCAACGUCUCCAAUGAUGGCUCUGGCUCCUUACACAGAGCCUUUAAACGUUGGCAAUGGUGCUAUGUCCAACUCGCAUGCAUUUGCGUCUGGUGCACCAAGUGUUCGACCAAAUGCUCCAAUGACAACCUCCACUAGUUCUGCAGAUUUUCUUCAGGUUAAAGUCCCUCUAGCUGCCUUGUCUCAGUUUAAUUGGAAAGAUAUUGCUGGGGCUGAACUCAAGGGGUUGAUUGACUCGUCCUUUGCAUUAUUCCAUCUCCCCUUUGCUUCUCUUGAACAAUUCUCACGUUAUAAUGUACAAGGGGCUGUUUUUAUUGCUUUGAUGGGACCGGAUGGGAGUGUCUAUGGUGAUGAUAAACCUGUCUCUUAUUCCCCAAUCACCCAACCUCAUUUGUUACAGCAUCACAACCUUGAACUCCCACAUGAACGUAAGGCACGAUUAGCUCAAGAGGCUGCAUCCACACGUUCACAAACGCCUGGAAUUGCUGCUAUCCCAGGUGCUCCGAUGCAGAAGGAGAGGGUUACUCAAGCCUCUAAAAAUCCUAGUCUAUUGGGACCACGUCCCACUCCCCAUUCUAUGGCAGUAACCCCUCAUGCACAUGCACGGUUGGGGGGUUUAAGGGAGGUCUCAUUUGCACCGUCUAAUGAUCAGGCCAAAGAGAAACAUGGAGUGGCCCAUAUGGAUGUUGCCAAAACAGGCAAAAAUGGGGUUUCAUCGCUGCCAUUUGACGCUACUGUUCUUCACACUACCUCGGCAGUAGCUGGGCUCUCUCACACAACUAAGCCCGGGGGCCACCUAGCGCACCAAAGCUCUCCUUUGCACAAGCCGUGGCAGGUCCCACAACGCCAGAUUCAAUUUAAUGGACAAUUUCCCAUGAGAUUGUUUAGGUGGUCUCCGGAACUUAACGUUAAAACUGAAUCCUCCGUUGCACCUGUGUGGGUCACAUUUCCUAAUUUGAGGGCUGAUUUAUUUAAUGGAAGUGUUGUCCACCAGCUUUGUAAACACAUCGGGAGGUGCUUGAAAGUGGACGUAGCUACGUCUACUUUCUCACGUCCCAAUGUGGCUAAGGCUAGGGUGGAGAUUGAUUUGUUGAAGCCAAGGGUUGAACAGAUAUGGAUUGGUUUCUCUGAUGCACCUGGCGAGGAGGAUGUGGGCAUGUUCCAGCUUGUGGAAUAUGAACGCAUUCCAAAGUACUGCACGGCUUGUUUUAAACAAGGCCACGAGCAUUCUACGUGCAAUACUUUGACUCCUAGUCAGCCUGAUAAGCGGACUGUUGUUGUUGUUCCCCAACCUUCCACGACUGCACACACGACUACCCAACCUUCUCGACGGAGGCGAAGUAGGAGUCGGGUCCGGCGUCAAAGGGAGGGGAAAGGUAUUGCUAUUGAUGAAGCAGGUACAGGUGCAGGUGGCUCCCAUCGGGAGGAGUCACAUUAUGUUUGGAGAGAAAAGACUGCGAAAGGAUCCAGGCCUAUUGAGGUCGUCGAUGUCGAUGGUUUAGGUAAGGGGGAGGGACUCUCAUCCAGCUUACAGGUCUUUGUGCCCACGUCCUCGCAUCCCUCCCCAAAUGUUGUUAUCCCUAAUGUUAGUUUAGCCCCUUCUACUGUUAACGCCACUCCUCCCACACUUGUUGUUGUGGUUGUACAGUCGGCGUCUCGGACUGUAGAGCCAUCUGUUCCUCCUAUCGGAGUUGAGCAAGGCUCCGUGAUUGCUUCUCUUCCUCUCUCUACUUCUUCUUCUUCUCCUAUUGUACAUGUUCCCGACCCUCAACCCCUAGAGCUGGCUCUUGCUAUGUAUAAUACUUUUGAUGCUUUGGCGGAGAUGCCUGGGGACAGUCAUGAGGUCUGCAACUUUAAUACUGUUACAUCUUCCAUUCCUUCCAAUUCGGUAAGGAGGGAGGAUGACGAGUGCAGUUCGCAGACUAGUGACGGGUCCACAAUUGUUUAUGCAAAAUGUAAGUAUAGGAACAGGGAGCCAUUGUGGGAAUAUCUUAGAGAGACACACGCCGCUCUCCCGGCUGACAUGGCAUGGGGGGUGGUGGGUGAUUUCAACUGUCUGCUCGAUCCCUCGGAGAAGAAAGGAGGCCGGCCGUAUGCUCCAGUCAAAUAUCGGCCUUUUGUUGAAUGCGUGGAGGAUUGUGAACUGGUUGAUUCUCCUUUCAUUGGGGAGGAUUAUACCUGGUUGAUUCGGAGCCGGAUUGACCGAUUGCUGUUUAACCAGCCAUGGAUGGAUAUGUUCUCUUGUUUGGUGCAUCACUUGGAUAGAGUUGGAUCUGAUCAUGCUCCACUGUUGGUGGAGUGUAAGUCUAAUGAGCGUCCUCCUACACGGCCUUUCACUUUCCUUAAUGUCUGGACAGAGCACGAGGAUUUUCAGGGAGUGGUGGCUGAUUCUUGGCGGGAGGACAUUACUGGCAGUCCCAUGUUCGUAUUUGGUGCUAUGCUCAAGCGUCUGGCAAAUAGCUUGAAGAGAUGGAACCGAGACACCUUCGGUCACAUCUUUGAUAGGCUUAAGGCGCUUGAGCAGGAUGUUCGGGACAUUGAGCUACAGUUGCAGACAAAUCCUUCGGAUGGGACAUACAUCGAGUUUAAACGGCGCUUUGCCCUUUUGAAGCGCCAGUAUCGUAUUGAGGAUGAGUAUUGGCGGCAGAAAGCCCAUGCGAAAUGGGUGACGGACGGGGAGAGGAACUCGGGGUACUUUCACUCAAUUGUGAAGGAUCGCCGGCGGAAGCUGUACAUUCACCGCAUACAGGAUGAUAGUGGGCAGUGGGUCACGGAGAGAGCUGCGAUUGCGACACAGGCGAUCACCUUUUUUCAGGCCAUGUUCACUGCAGAUCCUAGUGUCACAUCUUCGGCCUUAGACAUCAUUCCACGGCUGGUCACUGAUGCUAAUAAUGACCGGCUAUGCGCCGUUCCGGAGAUGGAGGAGGUCAAGACUGCGGUCUUUGCUAUGGAUUCUAGGAGUGCAGCGGGACCUGAUGGCUAUACUGGGGCCUUUUAUAAGGCCGCUUGGACGAUCAUUUGCAUGGAUUUAUUGGCGAUGGAGAUGUGUCACGGGAUGCGGGUGGAUAAUGAAGAUGUCAUUCUGAAGCUGGACAUGAUGAAGGCCUAUGAUCGGGUCUCUUGGUAUUUCUUGAUGUCAGUACUGCGCCGAUUUGGAUUUUCGGAGACAUGGAUUGAUCUCGUCUAUCGGGCCAUCUCGAAUAUAUGCUUCCCGUCGCCGGAGCAAGCCAUGGUGUUCGCCGGAAGUUUCGCCAUUUUUCCGCCGGAAUCAUCGUUUUACUUCGAAGUAAGCCCGUAGAUAUAUCUAGUGACUAGAAUGUUCGUAUAGAUCGUUUCUACGCUCAUAAAUGGUCGUUUGGUUGAGUUUUGUGUUUGACAUAUGUGAAGAACCAAGAAUCAUAAACCUUGAAUUUGAUGUUAAAACUUCGAAUUGAUGCCUCUAAAAUGAUCUACGAACCUUGGAGAACAUUUCUAUAUAGUUUAAUUGAAGUUUGGUGACCAAAAAUGGAACUUGAGAAAAAUGGGCUAGAGGUUGAAGAUGAUGAAUAGUGAACCUUCAAUUUCCUGCAUUUUCCAGCGGAACGGGCGACCGUUCGGACCCAACGGUCGACCGUUACGAACAUUUUUAAGCCCAAAAAUGCUAUUUUUGAAGCUAUAAAAUCCUUUUUUUUUAUAUACCAAUCAAUUAUGAUCAAUAUA